AUGUCUUCUUCCAACACCAGCCAGCAGAGAGAUAGAAUAUCUACACAACAAUACCAAUAUGAUCAAUGUAUCUUGUUUUUUGAUAACUACCAGAAGCUGCAAAACCACAAGAGAAUUCAUAGAGGAGAUUCAGCAACAAUGACUGAAAUUGACCAGUCUAUUCUAGAUGAUGUUGACAUGUACCAUGACAAAAAUGAUACUAGUAAUGAAGAUAAAUCUGUUAGCAAUUCAGAAUAUACUAUGGAGUCUAUGGAGCUUGAUAAUACUAUUUCAUAUAAGUGCGCAUGUAAUUUUGAGGACAAUGAGGGUGAAGCUCACAUUUACAACAGCAGCCAAAUCAGUACAAAUACUUUUACCAAGGCCGAGUUGAUGAGUAUUCAUCUGUCUCAAUUGAUGCUACAGCAUAGAAUUGCUAAAGCAGCAUAUAGAGACAUUGUUCAAUUUAUAAACACUGUCAUCCGAGACCAUGACAAUAUAAUGAUGGAGCCUAAGGCUAAGAUCAGUCAUAGCAAAACUGUUGAUGCUUUGCUCAAGUCAAAGUCAAGUGUCAAGGGCCAUGAGUAUGAUGUCUGCUCUAGUGGUUGUCGAUUGUAUGGCAUUAAUGACGACCAGGAAUCUUGUGUUGACUGCGGCAAACCACAAUACAAGACUGAUCCCGAUCAAAGUCAGACACCAGCCGCCAGUAUGAAACUUAUGUCAGUUGGAGAUAUGCUUUCUCAAAUGUUGGCAGAUCCAGCCACAAGAGAACUCCUCUGUUACAGAGCAAACUGGGAAUCUGUAGCUGGUCAGCUAACCAACAUUUUUGAUGGUGACAAUCACAAGCAGUUGGUGCAGCAGGGCCUGUUCUCCAAUCCCAAUGAUAUUGUCAUUAGGCUUUAUACUAAUGGGUUUGUCAAUCAAAAGAAAGAUAAAAACUCAUAUACCAUCAUCCAUUGCAUAAUAUUCAACCUAGACCCAUCCACCAGAUAA